AUGGACAAGGACCAGCCCCAAUCUCCCCGCCACUGGCACGGUACCUUUGGUGACCGCUAUGAGCACCACAAUGUCUGGGUGCUCGGUGGUCCUCCUCAGCCCUUCCGUCGGCCCUCAAUGCCCACCACCACGGCAGCCACUGCCACUGGACCUGACGUUACUGACAGACGUGGAUCCAAUUCAUCUGACAUGUCAACCAACUCGAACAACAUGGGCAACAGCCCCCCUUCAAGCAUCGGAGAUCGGCGGCGCUCCAGUGGCCAUGGCCCCUCUACUCUGUUCGAGAGCCUGACGAGCCAGAAACGCAACUCCUCAGAUCAGGGUUACAACACCCGCCGAGAGAGCUGGAAUGAGCAGUCACAGCAGGGCGGCUUCUUUUCCAAGUGGUGGGACGGAUACACGAGAGGUGGUGGUAAAUAGCUUGAAGUAGGCGUGUUACUUUUUAUCGUUGCCAUGACUUGAAAUCCUGGAGUGAAAUGAAGUGGCUCCGAUUGUGUGAUUUGGAAUAAGGCAUGCAAAUGAUGAUGCUCAUUCAACCAAAAAGCAUAUUUAGUUGCAUGUAUUUAUGAAUAAAUGCGAAGUUGUCUGUGACCGCUGUAUGGUAUGUCAGGUGUUAAGGAACGCCGUGUUUCAUCACGAGCGAGUUACCGUCGCAGAUUGCACAGGUGCUCUAUAUGAAACCCCAG